CUUGGUCGAGAACAUUUGAAGGGAAAGCCAUUUCACGAGGAUGAGGUGCUUUCAUUGUUUUUAUUGCAAUUAAUAUGGAGGCGGUGCCAUUCCCCAUGCAUCCCAAAAUGGAUGAGCAGUUGGCCCGGGCGUUUGCCGCCAACGAGGAGGAGGAGGAAAAGCACAUUCAAAAGGUGCAAAACGCGUUCCUUUACUACGGGCCAUAUGCGUGUCAGCGGCUAAAGCGCUCCGUGGAUUACCUGAACAGUCUGUCUCCCGAGGAUCAACUCCUUUUGGCCAAGUACCGUAUGCAUUUGGAGUGUGUGCGCACAUGCAUCGAUCGCAACCAGGCGGUUAUCCGUGAGAUUUUGCGGGAACGCGUCCUGUAUCCAUCAGAGGAAUCGAGCGUAGGUCCUUCAGCGGACCGGUGGGAGUUUGACGAGCCACCUCCCGACGUGAGGCAUGGUGAUAUGGACCAGAAUGAUAUUCCAUUCGAUGAAGCUGACGUUGAACCUCUAAAAAUUUUAAAGGCCCAGUCGACAUUGAAGUUGAUUGCGCGGGACUGGAGCACCGAUGGCGCCCUGGAGCGGGAGCAGUCCUACAAGCCGAUCAUCGAUUGCAUCGUGGAGUACUACAAGCCCAGCGAUUACGAGCUAAAGGAGAUUAAGAUACUGGUCCCGGGAGCGGGAUUAGGACGGCUUACCUACGAGCUAGCCUGCUUGGGAUACUCGUGCGAGGGCAACGAGUUCUCUUAUUUCAUGCUUAUCGCCUCCAACUUUGUCCUCAAUCUCUGCGACUACGAGAACAAGUAUGUGCUGUAUCCGUGGGUACACCAGUAUGUUAACAACCUGAGACGCGAGGAUCAGGUGGCCGCUGUUCGCUUUCCCGACGUCUGCCCGCUGAAGAAUCCGCCCAAGGGUCACUUUGAAAUAGCAGCAGGGGACUUCCUGGAGGUCUACAAAACGGCGGACACCUACAACUGCGUGGCCACAUGUUUCUUCAUUGAUUGCGCCAAUAACGUUAUUGACUUUAUUCGCACCAUUUAUAAAAUUCUCGUGCCUGGUGGCAUUUGGGUGAAUCUCGGACCACUGUUAUACCAUUAUAGCGACGUUAGCGGGCAGAACAGCAUUGAACCAACGUUCGAGGACUUAUGCAUCAUCAUGGAGAGCGUUGGCUUCGUUAUUGAGAAGUCGCGCACGGGCAUCAGAACGAAGUACGCCCAGAAUCCAUCGUCGAUGAAGCAGAGUGAGUAUCAGAGCCUUUUCUGGGUUUGUCGCAAGCCAGAUCCGUUCGAGCAGCAGCGGGGUAAGCGAAAGGCAUCCCGGGAGCCACACGGCCUCAUUGUGCGCGAGGACAGCGAGGGGGAGGAGGAUCAAGAACAGGAACGAACAGAAAGGGAGCUGAAACAGCAACCCACAGCCAACGAUGAGACUGAGAUGGAGGCCCAGCCAACGUGAUAGCCUUUGGAUUAAAAGCCAACACCAAACAACACCCCAACUUACAACCAAAUCCCAGCCCACCUACAGAUGCCAUCACCAAAACCUUAAUCACUACGUCACUACGGCAGAACAGGGAACUCGAGUCGAUCUAAUGUCAUACCUCUAUAUCAUAAACACAUUUUAUGAGUUGUUAGAUUUCAAUUUUUUUGAAGCAUGCAAAUUUGGGAAAUUUCCUUGUCCUAAGGUCAUGCAAAUUAAAAAGUGUCAAUAAUUCACCAACCAAAAUUUAGCGAAACAAUUUUACAAAGUUUCGAGAGCUCUAGUAUCAUGCAAAUUUAAAAAGAGUAUCGAAAUAUGACAACCAAAUAUACCAAAACAAACAAUUGAGAAUAAAUAAUUUUAUUUGUUCAAUUAGUGACUUUAAUUUACUAACUCAAUAGAUGUAUAGAUAAAAAAAAGAACAAUCAAACGCUAAUGUUGUUGGCGAAAUGAAUAAAUUAACGUUGAGUUUAAACUGAA